GUGUGUCUUCUGGGAGGGGACUCGCCGAGAAUUGCCCACGGGCGUGGGGGCGGGUGUGUGUUUCUGACGCGCGCACCUUUGCGGGGCGAGACUCGGGGGACGGCUUCCGCAGCCCGGGGAUCCCGCUUUGCAGCCUGCACCUCGCUUCCAUGCCUAUGGCUGUUCUAAAUUUGGGCCAAAUAUAUCCAUUUCAGAGAGGCUUUUUCUGUAAAGACAACAGCAUCCAGUAUCCGUACCAUGACAGUACCGUCACAUCCACUGUCCUCAACAUAGUGGGGCUUGGUUUACCCAUUUCCUCUAUGAUUGUUGGAGAAGCCCUGUCUGUUUAUUAUAACCUCUUGCACUCGAAUUCCUUUAUCAGGAAUAACUACAUAGCCACUAUUUACAAAGCCAUUGGAACAUUUUUAUUUGGUGCAGCUGCUAGUCAGUCCCUGACUGACAUUGCCAAGUAUUCAAUAGGCAGACUGCGGCCUCACUUCUUGGAUGUUUGUGACCCAGAUUGGUCAAAAAUCAACUGCAGUGCUGGUUAUAUUGAAAACUACAUAUGUCGAGGGAAUGCACAAAAAGUGAAGGAGGGCAGAUUGUCUUUUUACUCGGGCCACUCUUCAUUCUCCAUGUACUGCAUGCUGUUCGUGGCACUUUACCUUCAAGCCAGGAUGAAGGGAGACUGGGCAAGACUCUUACGCCCCACACUGCAAUUUGGUCUUGUUGCUGUAUCCAUUUAUGUGGGUCUUUCUCGAGUUUCUGACUACAAGCACCAUUGGAGUGAUGUACUAACUGGACUCAUUCAAGGAGCUCUGGUGGCAAUAUUAGUUGUAGUGUAUGUAUCAGAUUUCUUCAGGGAGAGAAAUUCUCCUUUUAAAGAAAGGAAAGAGGAGGACUCUCAUACAACUCUGCAUGAAACACCAACCGCAAGCAAUCACUAUAGGAACAAUCACCAACCUUGAAGGUAGCAGAGUGCUCAGAUGAAGCUGGUCCGCUUUCUAAAGGAAAAUGAUUGCAACCAGAAAGCAAGAGGAUGCGUUUUCUUCAUGGUGUACAAGCCUUUAAGGGACUGCUGCUGCUAUACCUCUUGGAUGCCCACUUUACCUGUGUGUAUAUAGUUCCCUUUAACACAGUGGUUAUCUAAUAGCUCUGAAUUCAUUUAAAAAACUUUAAGCCUUUCACUAAAACAAUGCCCACCUGUACAUUUUUUUAUUAAAAAAAUGUAAUGCUUAUGUACAAAUGUGUAUGUAAUGUAUGCUCUCUUAGCAUGAUGCCUGAUUUAAACAUAAUACGUAUUAAAAUGUUUGAACGAC